AUGGACGGAUUCAGUGUCUUACAAUGGAAUGCUCGAGGUCUUCGGACCAACAUUGGUCAACUCAAGCAACUAAUUCAAGAAAGGUAUCCUUCAGUCAUAUGUGUACAGGAGACGUGGUUGCAGACACACCACAAGUCACCGAGCGUGCCAGGGUAUGACACUAUACGACAAGACAGACCUCAUCGACAAGGCGGUGGGCUAAUCACCUUCAUAUCUAACACUAUAGCUUACCACAAAGUACAAAUCAACUAUGACUUAGGUCCAGUUGAAGUGGUCGGCACUCAAAUUAAACUCAAUACAGGUUUCAUUAAUAUCUUAAACAUAUACAUACCGCCUCAGGAUACUCAACAUCUUCAAGCUGCAUUUGCACGUCUUUCUCAAACCUUCCCUACAAACACAAUCUACUUGGGAGAUUUCAACAUACAUCACCCAGUCCUGGGAGCCAACAAAAAGGACAAAGCAGGAGAGGACGUCAUCCAGUGGGUAGAUGAUCAAAACUUAGUCAUACUUAACGAUGGAUCCCCUACUGGGAUUGAUCCAAAUACUGGUAACACCACAGCAUUGGAUGUAACCAUCGUACCACACACCAUAUCGGCCACGUCCGAUUGGAUAGUUAUACAAGACCCCUGUGGAUCAGAUCAUCUCCCCAUCAUCUCUAACUUUUCCCUUACUCCAUACAUGGAAACCAUUACAUUACCAAAAUCUUGGGUCUACGCUAAAGCCAACUGGGCCAAAUUUGCCCAUAUACUUAGUGCAAUUCAAGUUGAUCAAAUUGCAGAUAACAACAUAGAUAAAUAUCUAGACAAUAUCAACAAGGCUAUUUUUCAAGCAGCUGAACACUCCAUACCCAGGACGUCAGGUAAAACAGUCACCAGGCCAAUUAACCCUGGUUGGACAGACAACUGCACUCAAGCCAGGAAAGCUAGCAGGAAAGCCUUUAAGGAAUUCCAGCAGGGACACAUCUCCAAGACAGAAUACAACAGAGCAUGUAAACACACAAAACAUGUCAUCUUCCAAGAACAGCAAACUCACUGGCAAAACACUCAAUCUACCAUUUGCAUUGCACGAACUCAGGCAAGCUCUCACACAUAA